AUGACAAUCUCAUGUAACGAGCUACCCCGUUACACUAGCGUUAUAAAUCUGCUUGACGAAAUGCGGCGAGCCCGAUUGAAGGCGGAUAUGACAACGUACGAGCGUGCGAUUGCCGCGUGCAGUGUAAACAAGGACUCUGAAGGCGUGAUCUCGAUAUUUGACACACUCAUUGAUCGCAAACGGGGUGAGAAUGCUGCUGGGAUAAAAAGUGACCUUGUGACAGAGUCCAGCUUUUCAGCCUACCUCGUCGAAUGCACCGCACUACGAGACAAAGACCGAGUAAUUGAAGCUCCGAUGCUUCUUCACAAGUGGCACGCCGCAACAGGCCAAGUGCCGCCAGUAUUUGUCGUGACGCAGAUGUUGGACUCGCUGGAAGAUAUGGGCGAGUGGCGGCGAGCUGUUCGUGUGCUUCCCGAGUGGCAGGCGCUGUUCGGUACGGCUCCUAGCGUCGCUGUGUUCAAUCGUGUUAUGCAAAUGUGCAAUCAUGCAGAAGAGUACCAGCUUGUAGCUCCAAUAUUCGCUACGAUGCAAGACGCCGCAGCUUACCGCAUUCGUCCCGACACUGAAAGUUCCGUACAACGCAUUUAUGCCGAGGAACAGCGCGAGAAUUGGGCAGUAGCCACUGACCUAUUCGUAGAGAUGCAGAAGAGAAGCCCACGUGACGAGAUACCACAUCACCAGCUGCAGAAGAUAGCAUUGGGUCGAUACAGAUUGCGCCAACGCGAGACGUGA